UUUUGAAGAAAUGUGGGAUGCAGCACUACCCUUCAAAGUUGACCCUGAGCGAUAGAAAAAGAAGCGGGUUCAUUGUACUUAAUAGUGUUAAGCUCGGUUAAUGUGGUGAAGGAUAUUAGGGUUGUUGCUGCUUAAAAGAUCUUAAUUAUCUGAUGGAGGGUAAAAACCACAAGAAGUAGUGAUCCACGAAUUGUAGACGCUGCAGUGCGAACUACUCCGUCAACAACCAUUUAUUGCAUAUUAACUAAGCUGAUAAUGGCUAUAAGCCCUAGCACAUCCCAAGCUUCUAAUAGUGCUGCAAUCUCAGUAGACUUGACUGAGGCAUUUCAGUUAGUGGUGCUGUCAAAGUCGUUCUUCAACUGGAAGGAGGUGGAGGAUGCAGUUAAUGAGCUGCAGAAGGUUACUCAUACUCACUACGUCCAUGUGAAAAGCAAAGAAGCGGGUGACAGUUGUUUUAAGUACACCUUUGUGGUAUUCAAGUGUACUUUUGGAGUGAACCGUAAACCGCAAGGUAUUGGGUUGAUUAAGAAACCGUCGAAAUUUCGGGACUGUCCAUCGAUGUUUAGGUUUGCAUUGAACGACAAUAAGUAUACCGUCAGAUCAUAUAGAAUGAUUCAUAAUCACCCCUGUACGCAGUCGUUUAUGACUUGUGAUGCUUGGAGCAGGCGACUAACAGAGGAAGAGAAGGAGUAUUUGAAACCAAUUUUACAGCAGUCAUCCUCAACAGAUGAAGUAAUCCAAUAUGUCAGGAAUGAGUUGAAUAAACUUGUCACAGCGAAGGAUGUACAAAAUAUGAAGUUGAAGUCACGAAAGAUAGUUGGACAUGGCCUGAAGCAAAAAGGAAAGUUGAAAGUAUUUUCUGAGAAAGAUAACUCCCAGGAGUUGUCAAGUAUGUGCUUUUGGAGGUGAAUUCUCAGCUAAGGUUACUGGAUUCUACAGAAGAUUCCUUGGCACGCGAAAUUAUCGUGCUAGCUGAGUGAACUGCAACCGCAAAACUUUCAUACAACUUACUAACAGACUAGACGAAAAUCUGUCACUAGCUGGUAGUUACAGCUUUUUUUCCAGCUGAGUGUACAAUGUAUCAAAAUAUCAAGUUCAUAUAUUUGAUCAGAUUUCAUCUGAAUAACGUCGUUAAAUGAUAUCCUAAGUUCUUUCCUUUACGUUUUAUGCAGUUUCACUCGAUUCGUCUUCAUUAUGAACCUAAACACUUUCAAAUCCAUAAAUUAAUUGAG